AUGAGACCGAUUGGGGCCUUAUCGCUGUCGGAUGAUUGCAUGGUUAGUACGUUCAUUGAUGAAGCGAAUGGGUGUUGGGAUGUGGAGAAGGUCCGGCGUACAUUUUCUGAAAACGAUGCCCAUAAUAUCUUGCAGCUCCCAAUAAGUAACCGUUUGCCACCGGACAAGCUAUACUGGCCACAUGACAAGAAGGGUAUGUUCACAGUCAGGUCAUCGUACUAUGUAGCGGAUAAAAUGCUCAGACGUGAUGUAGCGGGGCCGUCUAAUAUUCAGGGUAGUUCAGACUACUGGAAUAAAAUUUGGAGCUUGCUCCAAAGAUGUAAAACCGAAGAGGAGACAACACUGCACUGCCUGAAAGAAUGCGAAGUGGUGAGAGGGCUUUGGUUGGUUUCUCCCUUAAAUCUGCGAACGGUUGGUAUUCGGUGUGAUUCUAUCCCGGAUUGGAUUGCUACCAUGAGUAGCUCUUUGAAACAGGAGGAACUUCAACUGUUUGUCAUGUCGUUAUGGGUUAUCUGGACGGAUAGAAAUAACAUCGUCUUUGAGAAUCAUCGCUCCCCCACGCCAUUUUUAUUUAAUGGUAUUCAAUCGAUGAUUGCAACUGGGAACGCUUUGAAGAAUAGGGAGGUACCAAUAGAGAGUUGCGGACAGGUCUGGAUUCCUCCUCCACCAUUAUGGUGUAAGAUUAAUUCAGAUGUUGCAGUGUCGGCUGAGAAGAAACUCUCGAUUCUUAGCGCGGUUUGCAGAGAUUCAAGUGGUAUCGUUAUUCGCAGCGGGGUGUCUGUUUUAAAUGGCUGUGUUAAUGCGGAAGUUGCAGAGAUUAAAGCUGUCUCCUUCGGUCUCCAGAUAGCUAGUGAUUUGCAGAUUGAUAAAAUAGUCUGUGAAAUGGACGCAUUAAACGUAGCAAAUAGGCUUCAGAGUCCAGGCGAGGCAGAUGAUUAUUUGCAGGUCAUGGUAGAGGACUGCAGGGCUGCAUGCAUGGGGCGUGAAGUUAGGUUUCAAUAUGUGAAACGAUCCUGUAACCAAGUGGCUCAUGCUUUAGCCAAAUGGGGUAUUUUCUUUGGUAGAGAUUGCGUUAUUGAUGGCAAUGUGCCGUAUCCGGUUAAUGAACUUGUAACCGUGUUUAAUCAUUAA